UGCUAAAGUAAAAAGAGGUGGGAGGCGUUUUCACUUUACUCUAAACUUGUCAUCUCUCUGAGAAAACUCGAUCGACAAUAAUAUUAUCAUUGAUGCUGUUUCGGUUUCGGUUCUGAAACGGUUGGGCCACAGUGAGUAGGGCACAUGAAGGCGUGUGUAACCUUUUUCAGCCAUUCAAACAUCAGAAUUAUCAAACGUGACAAUUAAAAAUAUAUUAAAAACCAUUUAGAUGUUUAUAUGGAGCUUCAUUUUACGCCCGAUUGAGAAGAAGAAAAUACAGAGGCGCAAUGACGACCAGCACAAUGCAGGGCUCACGUGGACAGGAAUAGCCGAUUUGACGCUGUCUUGAUACUUCUGUGCACCAACAGGAGAUUCAGAUGCAGCAACAGGAUGAAUAAAGCCUGUCUGCAAAGGAAGGUCCUGCACAUAAAUGCAAGAAUUCUUCUGCUGCUGCCUCUGUGGUACUCUUCAUCGGCAGGAUUCAAGCCAGAGAUUAGUCAUUACAGGACGCCUCGAGAAGCUGUCGAGUAUGUCGCAUGGCAAGCUCUCAGAGAAGGCAGGCCUCCCUGCGUCACUGUUCAUCCAAUCGGUAUUAGCCUUUUCUGCAUCAUGGGCCAGUGCAUUCACGAUACCGAUGGCAAGCCACACUGCCAAUGUGAUCAAAACUUUGCAGGCCUCACAUGCUCCAUCUACAAGGGAAUGUGUACAUCGGAAAGUAUAUGUGCUCCACAUUUAUGCAAGGAUAACCUUGCCAAAAGCAACAAGUUUGAAUGUGUCUGCAAACCUGGGUACUAUGUGCCCGACGACCCAGCACUCUCUUACUGUAUCCCGGAGAAGACUCUUCGAAGCCACACAGAAGUCAAAGCAAACAGUCUGUACAUUGCAGCCAGGCAGAGUGCCAAGUCGCCUAUAGACCAUUCGUGGCAAGAAGACCCCAGUAUGUCAGAGCCUUUAAGAAAUGAGAAUCGAGGCAAAUUUCAGGCAACUCCAAAAAAAAAUGCCUCUGAAGUGGGUGUUCUUUGUGCUAGUUCAGACUUUCUCUUGUGUUUCAUCGAACCUAAAGAGGAGAACAAGACUGCAUUAUUUGAAAAGGCACUAGAAAAUGUAGUUGCACAAAGGAAAAUGGUUCCGAACACAAGGGUUGUCAGCAACUGUACCCGUUUGGAAAAUGCACAGUAUCCAGAGACACAGCUAUCGGUUAUGAACGACGAUGAUCCUCAUUCUAAUGCCCAAACAAGUGACAAAGUUGAAGGAUAUGGUGUAAAUAUAAAAAAACAGCCUCCAACAUACUCCAAUCCGUGGCAGCCUACCGCAGCAACUUCAUCUAACAAACGUAAUGCAAUCAAAGGUAACGGGCAGAGUCCUUUCAUCAUACAGAGGAGGUUUUCAUCUACUUUUCAAAUGCAACCAAUAGGAAUAUGCAACGAGAUACUCCUGCCAACAGACAAUGUUAAAAGUGAGAGAAAGAAUGCAGAAAGUAUGACAGAAACAGCAAGGCAAAACAAUGACUAUGACGAGUCUUCUGUUGGCUAUAAAAUGAAAAAUCGGAGUGCGACAGAAAAGAGUGAACCCAGAGAUGAAAGCAUAGUAUCAAAAUUAUUUCGCGUUUCAAACAAAGAUGAUGACUAUGAAGUUGUUCAGUUUAGAAUGCGGGCACUGCAGAAAGAGUCAAAAUUUAACAAAGACAAAUAUAAAAAGGGUAUGUAUUCGGCACUUAACCACCACCUCCCUGCUGCUUAUUUUCUGGGUGCCGAGGUUAAAAAGGUGAUUGAGAAAAGCCAUCUUGGCAACAAGCAGCUGCCUGUCGAGACACAAGAUCAGAUCAUUGACAACCUAAGGCAUGCAGUUGAUGUUUCAGAGAACACCAAGACCAAGGUUACAAAUGCCUCCCACUUAGUAACUUACAUUACCACCAAGUUGAAGAGUGUAGUGGAGGUCAAUGAGAAAGGUGAUGACGAGUCGAACAGUUUGGACGAACCACAUUUUAGAACAGAUUUCAACAAAAAAGUUCUUUCCACAGAGCUAGAGGAAACAAGUGUCACCGACAUUUCUUUUAAUCCUUCAGAUGCCACAAGGCACGAGAUGCACAACGACAACAAUUCAAGGACUUCAAGCACAGAACAGCUUUUGUCAGACACAGGCAGGGCUGGCCAGAAACAAGAAACCAAGGCAGAAGUACCCCUGGAGAGCAAUAGCAUAAAAGGACCUAUAAACCUCGAAUUUCAAGACAGUCCAAGGCUGAAGAAUGGAAGCAAUGAUCCAAGCCAUGCCAUGCUUUCACACGUUCCCCUCAAAGACGUCGGAGACCCACUUCUGCACCUAUCUGGCGAUGAGGCAAAAACUGAAUACUGGAGGCCUGACACAUCAACUGCAACUGGCCCUAAUGAUGAAGUACCUCAAAGUCACAAAAUCAAGAACAAGGCACAAUUUGAAGGUUUGCCAGCAAACAGCAUACAUACAAUAAACACCAGCAACAAGAGAACUCAUGAACUUGAAAAGGUGACACCCAAGCUUCUAGGCUCUGCAAUGUCAAAACAUAUAAGACCACAACUCUUCUUCAAUGUGACUGUGCUCAAUCAAGAAGGCAGAAACAUGUCAUCUGCAUGGUACUUUGUUCCUGCAGCAGGGACCAAGGCUAUCCUGAUAUCCUGGGGAGUGUACAAUCCAAACAAAACAUGAUGUUCAAGGGCCUUGAAAUAAUCAAGCAGUGUCGAGGACCUAUUGUUCUGCUGCAGAACAUGUAUUUAAAACCUCCAGCCCCAUAGUUUUACUGUCACGCUAAUAUAUAACGGCCAGCAAAUGUCUGCCAUGCUUUACAUGUGUCCCACAUAUUUAGCAACACCUUUUGCAUUUAUAAAAAACAAAAUUUUUUUGUCAUUUAUGUACAUAUUCACAUACCAUCCUUUUUUUUUAUGUUUACAACAGGCACACCUUAUAAAAGGCAAGCCUACAAAUAAAAUACUAUCUACCAA